AUGAACAUUGCAAUAGAUGAAUACGGGCAACCCUUUGUUAUACUGAAGGAAGAAGAGAAAAAAAGGAUUAAGGGAAUAGAAGCGCACAAAAGCAAUAUCUUAGCAGCAAAGGUAGUGGCGGACAUAUUGAAAAGCUCUAUAGGUCCUAGAGGAAUGGACAAAAUUAUUGUAAGUGAAGAUAACAAUGUUACUGUAACGAAUGAUGGAGCAACUAUAUUAGAAAAAAUAGAUGUGCAGCAUGAAUGUGCAAAAUUGUUAGUAGAGUUAUCAAAAAGUCAAGAUAAUGAAAUAGGAGAUGGAACAACAGGGGUAGUUAUCAUAGCAGGUGUUUUAUUAGAAGAAGCUUAUGCAUUAAUUGACAAGGGUAUACAUCCUUUGAGAAUUGCAGACGGUUUUGAAAAUGCUUGCAACAUAGCAUUAAAAGCAAUUGAAGAUAUAGCUAUAACUGUUGAUAUUGAAGGUAGUGAUCAUGAGAUUUUAAAAAAAUUAGCUAGUACUUCCUUAAGUUCAAAAAUAGUAUCUAGCAAAAAAGAUUUAUUAUCAAAUAUAGUAGUUGAUGCAGUUUUGUCCGUAGCAGAUAUGAAAAGAAAAGAUGUGCGAUUUGAUUUAAUAAAAAUUGAAGGAAAAACUGGUGGACUGUUGGAAGAAUCAACAUUAAUUAAGGGUAUCGUUUUAAAUAAAGAAUUAUCUCAUUCACAAAUGUGUAAAGAAGUUAGAAAUGCGAAAAUAGCUAUUUUAACAUGUCCAUUUGAACCACCCAAACCCAAAAUAAAACAUAAAUUAAAUAUAACUAAUGUAGAGGCAUAUAGAGAUUUACAAGCUAUAGAAAAAAAAUAUUUCUAUGAUAUGGUAGAUUCUUUAAAAAAAGCAGGAGCUAACUUUGUUAUAUGUCAAUGGGGAUUUGAUGAUGAAGCAAAUUAUUUAUUACUAAAAGAAAAUAUUCCUGCUAUUAGAUGGGUAGGAGGAGUAGAAAUGGAAUUAAUUGCUAUAGCUACAGGAGGAAAAAUUAUCCCAAGAUUUGAAGAUAUACAUGAAUCGAAAUUAGGAAAAGCAGAAGUUAUUAGAGAAAUUAGUCAUGGUACUGUUAAUAACCCUAUGGUUUAUAUUGAAGGCUGUUCUAAUACAAAAGCUAUUACCAUUCUGUUGAGAGGGGGUAAUCAAAUGAUGAUAGAAGAAUGUGAAAGAAGUGUACAUGAUGCACUUUGUUCUGUUCGUAAUUUAAUAAGAGAUAAUCGAAUAUUACCUGGAGGUGGAUCAAGUGAAAUUUAUGCUGCAUUAGAAAUAGAAAAUGUUGCUGAUAAAUGUAAAGGGAUAGAACAAUAUGCUAUUAGAGCUUUUGGAAAUGCAUUAUUAUCAAUACCUAUUAACUUAUGCAAUAAUAUGGGAUUAAAUAGUAUUGAUAUCAUUUCAGAAAUUAAAACAAAAAUUAUUCAAGAGAAAAAAAAAAAUCUAGGUAUUGACAGUCUAAAUUACAAAGUUGAUGAUAUGAUAGAAAAAGGAAUUUUCGAAACAUUCAAUUCAAAAUAUAAUCAAUUUUCUUUGGCUACUCAAGUUGUUAAAAUGAUACUAAAAAUUGACGAUGUAAUUGCACCAAACGACUUUAAUUAA